UGGUCUUUCUUAUAAAUCCCUCUCUGUUUCUUUCUGGGUGUCCAAUUUCAUAAUCCCCCUUCAAAAAACUUGCUUCCGACAAUGUCUGCUUCUUCUGUUCCUCUACUUUCCGACCAACCAAAUAGUCCGACAACUAAUCAUUCACUUACAGCUCCUCUGAUCUCCGAAAACCCAACCAUUUCAACGACAGUAGCAGACAAAUAUCCAUUUCUCUGUCUUCUUCUCUCGGAGUGCAAAUCUAUAGCCCACGUCGCUCUUCCGAUGAUUUUUGUCGGAUUUUUUAUGUACUCUCGUUCCAUGAUUUCCAUGUUGUUCCUCGGCCAGUUGGGUGACUUGUCCUUGGCCGGCGGUUCGCUGGCAAUUGGGUUUGCUAAUAUCACUGGCUACUCUGUUCUGUCUGGAUUGGCCAGUGGCAUGGAGCCCAUCUGCGGCCAAGCUUUUGGGGCUAAAAGAUUCAAACUUUUGGGCCUUGCCCUUCAAAGAACAGUCAUUCUUCUUCUCCUUUCUUCAAUACCCAUUUCGUUUUUGUGGCUCAAUAUGAAGAAGAUUCUGAUCUUUUGUGGACAAGAGGAUGAUAUUGCCAAUGAAGCUCAUUCCUUCAUCCUCUGUUCUAUCCCUGAUUUAAUUGCUCUGUCUUUUCUUCACCCUUUACGAAUUUACCUUCGUUGUCAAUCAAUUAACCUCCCUCUCACUUACUGCGUUGGAUUGUCGGUUCUUUUUCACGUUCCAAUUAAUUACCUUCUCGUCUCUGUUCUCGAUUUGGGAAUUCACGGCGUCGCUUUGGGAGCUGUGUGGACGAACUUCAACCUCGUCGGAUCGGUGAUUAUUUUCAUCCUCGUCUUCGGCGUGUACAAGAAUUCCUGGCCGGGAUUCUCGUCGGAGUGUUUGAAGGAGUGGAAGUCGCUUCUUAGGUUAGCAAUUCCAAGCUGUGUUUCGGUUUGUUUGGAAUGGUGGUGGUACGAAAUCAUGAUUAUGCUAAGUGGGUUCAUGAUGAAUCCUCAAUCAACAGUGGCUUCCAUGGGGAUUUUGAUUCAAACCACAGCUUUAAUCUACAUUUUCCCAUCGUCACUAAGCGUUGGAGUUUCAACAAGAGUUGGAAACGAAUUGGGAGCAAACCAACCAAACAGAGCCAAAUUAGCCGCCAUUGUUGGGCUCUGUUUCAGCUUCUUCUUUGGCCUUUCAGCAUUGGUAUUCGCUUUCAAAGUUCGAAAAGUGUGGGCCACAAUGUUCACAAAUGACACGGAAAUCAUAGAAUUGACAUCGCUUGUCCUCCCAAUCAUCGGACUUUGCGAGCUGGGGAACUGCCCACAGACGACAACCUGCGGGGUUUUGAGAGGGACAGCGAGGCCAACAUUGGGAGCGAAUAUAAAUUUGGUGUGUUUUUACAUAGUGGGAAUGCCGAUUGCGAUAUGGUUGAGCUUCUACGGCGGGUGGGACUUCAAAGGACUGUGGAUUGGGCUGCUGGCGGCGCAGGCCUCAUGUGCAAUGGCGAUGCUCAUGGCGCUGGCUCGGACCAAUUGGGAAGAACAGGCCGAGAGGGCUCAGGAGUUGACUAGAACCGGUCCGUUGGAGAUUGAAAAUGGUGAGGAUGUCGAACAAAAUGAGACAUUUGAGAAUGAUGACGACAGAAAUGGACGUUUGAAUUCAAUGGUUGAAAGAGAUUUGGAAGUGUGA